AUGGGUUAAUGUAAAUGUGCUACAUAAUGUUGUUAAAAGGAUGAAUUGACAUCAUAAAAAAUAUCGACAAGAUCCAUUCAGGUUUCCAUCAAGCAUCACAAACCUCAAAAAGAUUAGAACUCAGAUAAAAUAGAUGCCCUUAUUAACAAUGAUUUUGACUCAGCCAUUAUGAAGAAUUCAAUGCGCAGCAAAGUCUCCAACCAAGAGAUCUCCUAAAAUUUGAUUACAACCCAACAUCCCAUACCCUAAUAAGUUGUCGACACCAUCCAAACUAAAGAGCGUAAAUUACUUCCAGUACUUUUUCAACUUAACUAGAUUAUGUUAAUGCCAAACGGAACCAAAUAUGAAGGACAAUGGCUCAGUGGCAUGAGAGAUGGCUAUGGAAAAUAGAUAUGGCCAGAUGGAUCAAUCUAUGAAGGUUAAUGGAAACAAGAUAAAUCAAAUGGAUAAGGAAAACUAAUACAUGCUGACGGAGACAUCUAUGAUGGUGAAUGGGUAGAUGAUGCAGCUUGUGGUAAAGGAACUUACGUGCAUUUUAAUGGAGCCAGGUAUGAGGGUGAAUGGCUUAACGACAAUCAACAUGGUUAUGGUAUUGAAGUCUGGCCCGAUGGAGCAAAGUACGAAGGCUAGUAUUAAUUUGGUAAAAAGAAUGGCAAAGGACAAUUAACCUUUGUUGAUACUGCUAGUUAUGAAGGUAAUUUUAUUGACAACGAAAUUUCUGGAUUUGGGGUUUAUAAAUGGCCAGAUGGAAGAGAAUAUGUUGGGAAUUGGUUAGAUAACAAAAUGCAUGGAGAAGGCACUCUUAAAUGGCCAGAUGGAAAAUGCUACAAAGGAAAUUAUUAAUAAGAUAAAAAACAAGGUAGAGGUUUGUUCUAUUUUGGAGAUGGUAGGAAAUAUGCAGGUACUUGGAUUAAUGGAAAAUAAUCUGGUGUUGGAAUAUAUUACCAGAGUGAAAAAUAAUAUAGAAUUGGAAUGUGGCAAAAUGGGCAGAGAAUAAAAUGGCUUAAUGAUGAAGAAGUAGAAGGUAAUAAAGUCUAAAUCACUCAACUCUUAGAGCUGUGA